AUGCUUUCACAACUAAAAAUCCCUGGAACUCAUAACUCUGGGUCUUAUGAAUUAACGCGAAAUUUAUCCGAGAUUAUUUAUGGAAAUAUCAAAUUUCUGUGGAAUUUAAGUGCCAAUACUGCACCUGCAAAUGGGCAAUUGCCAUUCAAUAAUGAUAAGAUCUCUGUUGGACGUAUCUUAUUAGAUUAUAUUAUGGAUACCGUACUUCGAAUAUCUAUUUCACAGAGUCGAACUAUUCGACAACAACUAGAUGAUGGUAUACGCUUUUUCGACUUACGAAUUUACUAUGAUUCAGAUGGAAACUUCUAUAUUCAGCACGCUCUUCGUGGUCCAAAAUUGAACGAUGUCCUCGCUCAAAUUAGAAAUUUUCUCGAUACUCACUCAACAUCAGGUGAAGUAAUCUUUCUUUCUAUAUCGCAUACCAAUUUUGCUACUGAUCCUCAAGUUCUUCCAGCCACAGUAGCCACAAUCAUUCAGAAUUAUCUCAAACCCUAUCUUUAUAUGCCUGCAAAGUCUCUUGGAAUCAAGAAUUUUGAUUUUCAGAGCUUGAAAGAUACGACUCUUUCUUCCAUCACUACUACUACUCAUUUACGUAGAACAUCACCUAAAGUUAUUGUUCUUAACACUGACAACUCAGACGAGUAUUAUUAUAACGAUACGGUUGUAAAUACUAGAGGAUUCGCAGAUUCAGGAAGAUGGGGAAUUAAUUCUAAUGGUGUCAACAGUGUUCAAGAAUUGAUAGAACUCGAAAGUCAAGGAUUAAAGAAAAAUAUAAAACCUAUGUAUCAAAUCAGUUGGAUUCAAACACCGCAAAUCGUGGAUAUUAUUCAAAAUGUAAUCAGUCAUCUUAGCGGAAAUUCACCUACAAUAUUACUAAAACAAAUGGCAGCAGAAACUAAUUCAAUGCUUCAACAAUUUCUAACAAAUCAUACAACGAACACAUUUAAUCUGGUCACAAUGGACUGGUACAAUGUUAGUUCGACAAUUAAUCCUAUUAACGUUAUCAUUGGACUGAACUGA